UUGGUGGGCGCCUGCAAUAAUCUCCUUUCUUUUUUACUCUGCAGAAGAAACUAGUGACGAAAGGUGGCAAAAAAAAGAAGCAAGUCCUGAAGUUUACUCUGGACUGCACCCAUCCUGUUGAAGAUGGAAUCAUGGAUGCUGCUAACUUUGAACAGUUCUUGCAAGAACGAAUCAAAGUGAAUGGGAAAGCUGGGAAUCUUGGUGGAGGUGCAGUGACCAUUGAGAGAAGUAAGAGUAAAAUCACUGUAACUUCAGAGGUUCCAUUUUCAAAGAGAUACCUGAAGUAUCUGACUAAGAAAUAUCUGAAGAAAAACAACUUGCGUGACUGGCUGCGUGUAGUUGCCAAUAGCAAGGAAAGUUAUGAAUUGCGAUACUUCCAGAUCAACCAGGAUGAAGAGGAGGAAGAAGAGGAGGAUUAAAUGCAUGUGAAUCUGGAAAUAUUUUGUAUAUUAAAUUUCCUUGAAUAAAAAGAAAAAAAAA